UAUAUUGUUGACACGGAUUUACCUGUACGGUGGGGAUAGCGCUCAAGUUGUCUCUAAAUUCUACAGCUUGAACUGUCAUUUUAUUGUCGUGGACAUGUCCUUUUUGUUUCAGAGUAUCAAAGAGUGAAUUUGCUAAAGGGGAAAAAUAAGUUUCCUCGUAAACUGAACUCAUUAGACGGUAUACAGAACUGUAAUUUGUGAUUACUCUCCUGCCACGUGUAACUGCAUUAUAUAAUUUCGAAAUGUAGUUCUUUUUGCUGCCACUCAUCGUUCUUCCAUUUGAGACACUAAGUGGUUGCUUUUUGUCUAGUAAUUGAGGUCCCAUCCUAGUUCUAAUGAACGACUCUGGCAUGUGUCACACCUCAAGCUUCAAACUUUGGGUCAAGUUAGAUUAAUUUCGGGUAAACUUUUAAAGUUCUUUUAGAAAUUUCGAGAAAAUGCAACCAAUGAACCUAAAAUUUGCCCACAAUUUCUGGGAGCUGUAAUUUUCCCCUGACGAGGCUUAUAUACUCAGCCUAUAUUUUUCCUAGUUUUGAUUAACAGCUUGUUUUUUUCUGCAUUGUUGCAUUGUGAAGUUUACAAAAGUCAAUCACAUUUAGCUAGAGAAACAAUGGAAUUUGAAAGAAUUUACUAGUUAGGAACCGUGGACACAACAAAAGCCAAUUAUUAGUUCCCAGAAGUAGCGUUCGUGUUUCUGAUGUUGGGCGUCUCGAAAACACUCUCGGGUGUUACAGGACAACCGAGUGAGCGACGCUGAGGUUAUACGUAGGGUCCUAGGAGAAGAUGGGAAGUCAGUUGGCGAGGCAAUAUAUGUUCACCGAUUGAGGUCUUCCCGGUGUGUGUUGCGUGUAACCAACCCACACCGACCUCGUCGUUCAAUUUUGGCGAAUUUAGGAGUAACUUAGGAAAAGGUCAGGGGCAGCUAAACAAUGUCUGGGGUCAAUUUAUGAUAUCUCUAGCUGUUGUUUUGGACUGUGUAGGUGCAGACUACCUGGUUGGCAUCCGCACGAUAAUGCCAAACACUGGUUAUAGAUGUCGGGUGAUAUGGCUCAGAUGCAGGUGUUGUAUGUUAGUGUUUCGCCACACAUACCUCUUCACCGUCUUUUUAAGCCAGAGUCCCAAUGUUUAUUAUGACUAGACCACUGAGAAGACAAAGUAGAGUUACGAGACUGUGUGCAUAGAAAUAGCAACAUGUUUUAGAAUUCUUAGCAAUAAGUAUUCCUAUUAUUUAGUGAAUUAGUAAUGGUGUGGUCUGCCUUAAAGUUCGCGUUUUACGAAACGCAUUCUGAUUAACAAACUGCUUCACAGUUCGUUUUGGUUUACUUCACACUGCGAAACGUGACCAUUAAGGGUAGAGGAUACUCGUAAGUUAAUAGUACUUGACCACAGAUGUCUUGGAAACAUUUCUCGCAUCAGCUGGCAUCACCGGGUAAGUAAUAGUGAGGUUUGACGCAGGGUAUUAGGGAAUGAUAGUAAGUCAGUUGAUGAGGUUUCGAAUCUUCGUUGACUGAGAUGGUCGCAUGCCCAACCACCGAUAACCACGACGCGCAAUGCUGACUAGUGUUGGAGACGGAAGAAAGUUAGGGACGGCCAAACCAAAACGUGGCAUCAGUCCAUGAAGUCACUAACUUCUAGUCUGAGCCAUGUUGGUAGAUGCAAACUACUUGGCUGGGGUCUGCAUGACCAUCGUAACCAAUGGUUGGCGACUCUGUAUGACAUGGUUCAGAAUAGAUCACAAUGGCAUCAGCAUAUACACUCUUUGUCUUCCCUUAAACCUUGAGAUUAAAAUUGCUUUAUAUCUGUCUUUCUUCCCGUACUAUAUCUUUAUAGACAAUCUUUCUUUUAUAUAUUACCACUAUAAAAUUAACUAUGAAUUCGGUGUUCAUCUUGUUGUGCUAAUGAGAUUAUGGCACCUUGGACCGAUGCAUAUAUGUGCCUGAUCCUACGUUGUAGCUGACUCACUCCUCCCUUCUCUGAAGUGAACUAUCACCAUCAAAUGUUUCUUUGUAGUCAACCUUACUAAAGGGUUUGGACUUUAAUGGGUUUGAUGUCCAUUCGUCUAUGAAAUUGAAAUGUUUGUUGACUGUGUAUUCAGGUUUAUCCAGCUAAAUCAUAAAUUCAACAUUAUGUUGUUCAUACAUCCGUACAUAGAAAUGUAUCGAAUGGAAGUUAUAUUCACUGUCGACAUGUCUUAUCCCAGAGAUAUAUUAGCUAUAGUGGCGUUUUCUUUAUGAAUUAUUUUCGUUUGAUGUAAAAUUAGAAAACGAAACAAGCUACAAAAUACUAGUCUUAACAAUCUAUUGGUUAGUUCUUUGAUGUAACAUUCACUAGGAAUAAAGAUUCACAAACAGAAUGAUCAAAAGGUAAGGUUUUUAAGCGAAAGAACAUUGAUUACAUUUGCCUCAUAAUCGCUGUUUUUGCUUAAGAUAAGUCCUCAGAAAGAUAGCAUAAGUUUAACUGAAUCAAGCAUUUGCAUAAGAAAAGAUAACUGUUUAAAAGUGUUUUUUAGGUAUAUUCAAAUAGCUGGAAAAGAACGAGUUGUUCCCAUCAGGUGAUAAAGAACCUUGUUCUCGGCAGUCACUUUUUCAAUUUUAUUGAUAUAAUCAUUCCAUUGAAACUGAUAAUUGUAACGUUUCAUUUAGAAAGUAAUAUGCGGAGAUCUGCAGCACCAAGUCGUACUAGUCAGUCUCAAGAUCUGUCGAUAAAUCCCAACCCCGUAAAAACGACUGAGUACAGGUCAGUUUUACACUGCUCCUCAAGUCCUAAAAUGAACAAUAUGCCUACAAACUCUGAUUUGUCUCAUGCUACGAAAUGUUCCAGUUAUUUCGAGGCUGUAUAUGCUAAAGCGUCGAAUAAAAAGCAUAAAAGGUGGGAAGGUGAUGGUAAACAGCCACCAAUCUUGUUUAUCUCUACGUAAUUUUUUAGGUUUUGUAGAGGUCGAAGGUCGACUAAUAAAACUUAUCAAUGAAGAUUUGAAAGUAAUAGCAUCUGCUUCUGGUCAUAAAUUAGCAUUUUUAAAUGAAGUCGAUAUUGGUUCGGUUGUCCAUAUUGGGUCUUAUGAGGCAGAGCUUAUUUCACUGAUAGAGAAGCCACAGUUAGUCAAUCUUUCCUCAAAGUCAAAUAACAUUGAGGCGUUACAUGCACCGGUCGAAAAUUCGACAAGAAAACCGAGCGCAAAACCUAGCUUUUCACCGAAGACGAAUUCCAAAUCAAAACACGAUGAGCCCUGGGGUUCUUCAAACCGACUGAUCAUGCCAAAGCCUCCUGCUAACUGCAUUUGGUCUCAGAAUCCCGACAACCUCCCUAUUGUGGAUGUAGUUUUAGAAUCAAAGUUUGCUUCACGUCUACAGCCGCAUCAAUGUGAAGGUAUUAUUUUCUUGUAUAAAUGUUUAAUGGGAUUUCAACCGUAUGUUGCUUUGAAUGAAUCUGAUGCACAAAGUACUUAUGGAUGUAUUUUAGCGGAUGAAAUGGGUCUUGGUAAGACAGUUCAAGCCAUUGCCACUAUUUGGUUAUUAAUUAGACAAGGACCGUAUGGAGGUAGACCGGUUAUUCGACGUUGCCUUAUUGUAACUCCGGGUACACUUAUUCAGAAUUGGCUAAAGGAAUUCUCCAAAUGGUUAGGUCGUGAACAGUUACCCGUAUAUUGUGUAGAUCAAAAUCAUUCUGUUAAAAACUAUCUAACAAUGUCCAGUGAUGCACCACAAGUCAUUCUUAUGUCGUACGAAAUGUUUCUACAACAUACUAGUGAAAUCUAUGAAAUUUCCGACUUGGAUAUGGUUGUAUGUGAUGAAGGGCAUAGAUUAAAAAAUUCCAACAUCAAUACAACUAUGGCACUUUGUCGACUACGUGCACGUAGACGUUUACUAUUAACUGGGACUCCAUUACAAAAUCAUUUGAAUGAAUUAUGGUCAUUGGCUAAUUUCUGUGUACCAGGACGUUUAACUUCAAGUUUAGAAGAGUUUCGUCGUCAAUUUGUUAUUCCAUUAUUAAAUAAUCGUAACUUAGUACGAAAUGUUAAAGUCAAUCUUCACAAUGCUACCAAUGAUGAUGAUGAUGUUUGUGAUUCUUGGAAUUAUACAGACUAUGAAAAGAACAGUGAUGAUUUAGAAAGUCCAUCAGCCAAAUUAUUCAGACUAUUGAACAGUUUCUUUUUAAGACGUACAUGUGAUGUCAUUGCACCAAAACUAACAGAUAAAACUGAACAUGUUUUGUUUUGUCGUCCGAGUAAACUGCAAACUGAUUUGGAGGCUAUACUUACACAGUGGAUGAAUAAUGAAUUUAAUUUAAAUCGAAGUGAAUCUCUUAAAUUAUUCUCAUGUGAUGAUGAUUGUGAAGAUUUUGUUGAAUCUGAAGAAGGCGUGUCGUCAUCACGUUCAAAACAUCAUAGUUCCAUUUUGUCAGUUAUAACAGCGUUUCGAAAACUUCACAAUCAUCCAUAUCUAUUAAGAAAUUAUUUAAUACAGUCUAAUUCUAUCCAAAAUCAAUCAGCUGAUCGUCUACCCGCAAAACUGACCACAGAUUUACUGCAUUUGUUAAAUUCUGAACCUUCAAUAGUUGCACAAGAUCUCUGUUAUACAAAUCUGAAUGAAUUUGUUCAAUUAUCUGGAAAGUUCCAUGUUCUUUAUAUUAUGUUAAAACGACUAUUUGACAAAGAACUAUCAUCUUCGUCCAAAUCAAAUAGUAAUACAGAAAAUGUUCAGAAAAAACCUCGACUUUCUAACAGUAGUAGUAAAAAUAGUUUACAUACUAAUGAUCGUCUUGUAUUAGUUUCCAAUUUUACUCAGACACUUAAUCUUUUGGAGAAAUUAUGUAAUCUAGUCACUGGACAACCAUCUCUUCGAUUAGAUGGACAGACAACGAAUAAACAACGCGCUGAAGUUGUUCAGAGAAUCAAUGAUCCAAAAUCUCAUGAUCGUAUAUUAUUGCUUAGUUCACGUGCUGGUGGAGUGGGUUUAAAUUUAAUUGGUGCCAAUUACCUAAUUUUAUUCGAUAUGGAUUGGAAUCCAGCAAAUGAUGCACAAGCUAUGGCUCGUAUUUGGCGUCCGGGACAGUCUAGAUCGGUUAAUUUAUACCGGUUAGUAACAGCAAGUGGUAUGGAAGAACGAAUAUUUCAACGACAAGCAGCUAAAUUAGCUUUAACCAGUCAAACAUUAGUCAAUACAUCAAUGUAUAAUGAAAAUCUUUCGAAAUUUGUUGAGAAAAAAAACGAACCUGAUAAAAAUCUUGGAAUUCUUACUCGCGAUGAAUUGAAAGAAUUAUUUCUUCUGCCCAAUACAUCGACAGGAUCAUGGACUCAUGAACUUAUUCAGUGUAAUUGUCAUCAAUCUUUGGAUGAUAAAUCUUUAACCCCAAGUCCUUCUAUUUCAUCAUCAUCAGACAUUGAAACAUAUGAUUCUGCCGAUCAAAAUGUAGCGAAGACCUUUAUGGAUUAUUCUCAUGAACUUGAUGAUAAAGAGGACAGGAAAGAUAUGGAAUCAUCAGAACACAAUACUGGUAUUACCAAUGAUGAGGAUGAAAAUGAUGAAUAUUUCAAUGUUAGAAUAUUUCAAUUAGGACCUACAAAUUCAUGUAUUACUGACAGUUUGAAAUCACCCAAAUCCCAAUUCACCUAUUUGAAACAACAGUCAUCUUCAAUAUCAACAACAACUUCCAAGUUGCCAUCAUCUGAUUCACUUGGUUUUCUAUUGAAUUGGAAACAUUCUUUCUCAUCUGAACAAAUAGAUCAGUUGAAUGAUCGACUUUUAAUAACACAUCAAUCAGAUCCUAUGAAAUCUUUAAUAAACUGUAUAUUUACAUUAAAUUCAAAAGUAUCUUAGGUAUUCUUUUUGAAUUAUCUUCAUUAUGUCCAUUAAUUUGCUCAUCUCUCUUCAUGCAUUUCUUGCAUAACGACUUGAGUGUAUUUAUAAACAGUCCUAUUUAUAAUGUAUUUCAUUAAGUAUUUUUUUUUGUACUGAGGAAGAUGUUCAAUAAAAUACAUAUUGUCUUUCAAUAAAUGAAAA